UCGGAUUUUGUCCACCAUCUUUGUUUACCGAAUGGAGGAAGAGGGAGAUGUACAAUCGAAAGUGAUAGAGGCCUAGCAAUUUAUGGCAUCAAAACGUUCUUCUACUGUUUCUCAGAGCCCUACUGAGAAUUGGACAGAUGAUCUUCCUGUCUGCAAGCUGUCUGGGGUUGGCUUUUUGACAAACCAGAGAUACAGAGAAGAUGGUGGUAGACGGGAAGAACAUGAGUUUGAAGACAGAAGUUUUCAUUUUAAUGUAGAUGAUACAUAUUUGUAUGGGGUGUUUGACGGCCAUGAUGGGCCAAGGGCUUCAGAUUUUACUGUCCAGAGGCUUCCUGCUGAGCUCUUACUUGGCCAAUUGACAGCUAAUAUGAGUGAUGAGCAGAUCAAGGCAGUUCUCAGACAAGCCUUCAUUGCAGUUGAAAAAGGUUUCUUCCAGUCUUUAGAUGAUGCACUGGCUGAGAAAACAGAACUUCAGUUACAGAUGCCUGAGGGUCUGAGUUCAUAUGAAGCAUACCAACAGUUUCCAGAGCAAGUUGCUAGAAUUCAGGCCUUACAGGAUGAAAUAAGUGGAGGUACUACAGCUGUCUUAGCCCUUAUAUUCCAAGGUAAACUGUUUGUAGCCAAUGUGGGGGACUCAAGAGCAUUGUUGUGUAAGGAGAUGCCAGAAAGCACCCUUUCUGUUGAACAGCUGAGUGUUGAUCAUGUCACUAACAACAAGGACGAGCUUGCUAGACUGGCAAAUCUGGGACUGGACAUUCCACAAAUACUAAGGAACCGUAGAAUUGGUAAUCAGGAGAACACAAGAAGCAUUGGAGAUUAUGGUGUUAAAGGUGGCUACAAGGACUUUGAUAUUCUAAGUGCCGCCACAGAAGAACCAGUGAUUGCUGAACCACACAUUUGCGGUGGAUUUCCAAUUGACGAGUCUUUCUUCUGUUUGGUCCUGAUGUCUGAUGGAGUUUACAAGUCGUUAGAGGAAGCCACAGACACGGACAAUUCCAAUUUUGAUGUCAUUCGCCUGGUCUUUGAAGAACUUCGGUGUCAAAAGAACUUGACAGGCGUGGCCCAGGCUGUGGUGGAUAGAGUGGGCAGGGCACAUCAUGACACAUACAUGAAUCAAAUGAGUAAGUGCCAGAAGAGAGAUGAUAUGACGAUACUAAUUCGAAUUUUCAAGGAGGGGAUUGCGAACUGCAUGAAGAGUCCGAGGGCUACUGGGAGACAGUCCAUGACAGGAAUGCCUCCAGUGAGUCCCGGGGUCCUACCGGUAUCUGUCCCGUACAACCCUUCAAAUCCCAUGACCGGAAGCGCCCCAUCCCUGUUCAUACCACCCGGCGCACAACAACCCAAGCCACAGAGCGGAAGUACACCGAGUCCGACUACCUCCACGCCUACAAACCAUGUACCGCAGUUCACCGUCACAAGUUCACGGUCCGAAACUCAGAGUUCUGCCUCUUCAGCAAGCGGAUCUCCUUCGACCUCAGUUCCUGUUGAGCCUCCUGCUGCAGUUAGAGAAGGAACCUCGAGCGUGAAUGGUCAGGAAACAGGCGGCGAGGGCCAAAGUAAAGAGGGUGGUGAAGACACUCGGGUAGAACCUUAUGUGGAUUUUACAGACUUCUUUCGGCAGGUCGCUGAACAUGGGGAGGACCAUGUUUAUGGCUGGGACAAGGCGAGCAACGCGACUGGCGAAACACCAGCUUAGAUGUAGUGUCUUUUUAAAUAGUUUUACCGUUAUCGUAGAGCUUAUUUCUUUUAGAAACUUUACAAGUGAACGUAAAACAGAAUUGGAGAUGAUAAGCGUAAUAUGGAAGGAAUUCCGGGUCCUUUCUCGGUGCCCAUGCAUGAAUUCUCGCGAGUAGCACUCGCGCGUUGUCCUCUCCGCGUUUGCUCGCGGAUUCUGGCGAAAACAACAACUAAUAGGCGAUUGGCAUGGUGGCAUCAUUUGACUACAACUACCAGAAUCCUUCACUUUUUCUGUUUCUUAUGCUAAUUAGGGCAAUUGUUAUUUAAA